GCGGCGGGCGGCGGGGUCGGUUCGCCUUUUCCGCUGCCGGCUGAGAGCUGCCCCCGCGGGAGCAAACGCGGCCCUGGGGGGCUGUGGCGGAGACGGCCCGGCGCCCCUCGCUCGGGGGAAAGAGCUCGUGUGGCGGGGAGCAUCUCCCGGUUCCGCUGGGCUCCCUCACGGCUGGGUGAGCGGCCGGACCGGCUGCCGAGGGGGCCCUGUCGGGUAGUACAGCAAUAGGAAUGACGGUGAACCCACCCCUGUGUUUUAGAGGAAAGAAGAUCCUGGCUCCAAUGGUGCGAGUGGGAACGUUGCCAAUGCGCCUUCUUGCCCUGGACUAUGGUGCUGAUAUCGUGUACUGUGAGGAGCUGAUUGACAUAAAGAUGCUGCAGUGUAAGAGGGUUAUAAAUGAAGUACUUGAAACGGUGGACUUUAUUGCACCUAAUGAAAGAGUUGUUUUCAGAACUUGUGAAAGGGAGAGGCAACGUGUCGUCUUUCAAAUGGGUUCAGCAGAUGCUGAGAGAGCCCUGGCAGUAGCUAAGCUUGUAGAGAGUGAUGUGGCUGGUAUUGAUAUCAACAUGGGAUGCCCAAAAGAAUACUCUACUAAGGCAAGUAUGGGAGCAGCACUGCUAUCUGAUCCUGACAAAAUAGAGUCUAUAUUGACUGCCCUUGUUAAAGGAGUUUGUAAACCGGUAACCUGCAAAAUCCGCAUUUUGCCCUCAGUUGAAGAUACUGUGAAUCUGGUGAAGAGAAUAGAAAAAACUGGUAUUGCUGCCAUUGCAGUCCAUGGAAGAAAUAAGGAGGAGAGGCCUCAGCACCCUGUCCACUGUGAUGUGAUCAAGGCCAUAUGUGAAGCCAUCUCCAUUCCAGUAAUAGCAAAUGGAGGAUCUCAUGACUUCAUCAAAGAAUAUAUGGACAUAGAGACCUUCCAGAAAGCAACAGCUGCCUCAUCAGUAAUGAUAGCUCGUGCUGCCAUGUGGAACCCAUCUAUCUUCAGAAAAGAGGGGUUUUUCCCCUUGAAGGAUGUCAUGCAAGAUUACCUUAAAUAUGCAGUGAGAUACGAUAAUCACUAUACCAACACAAAAUACUGUUUGUGUCAGAUGCUAAGAGAACAGUUGGAAACUGCUCAGGGUAAGAAGCUACAUGCUGCACAGUCCACACAGGAGAUCUGUGAAGUCUUUGAAAUGGGUGACUUCUAUGAAGAAACAAGAGCUAUUUUUGAAGCAAAGAAAAUGUCUUUAGAAACUGAGACACAAGAUGAAGAUGACCAAGUAGAUGAUCCAGAUGUAAUAAAAAUGGCUGUUAGAUUUGACAAGCGAGAAUAUCCACCACAGAUUACUCCAAAAAUGUAUCUUCUGGAAUGGUGUAGGAAAGAAAAGCAUCCUCAGCCUGUUUAUGAAACUGUUCAAAGACCAUUGGAUAGAUUAUUCUGUUCAGUAGUGACAGUAGCUGAGCGAAAAUACCGAUCAACUCUAUGGGACAAGUCCAAGAAACUAGCAGAACAGGCUGCAGCUAUUGUCUGUCUGAGAACAUUGGGUGUUCCAGAGGGAAAGCUGUGUGAGGGAGAAAAUCACCUGAUUAACAAACGCAAGAGGGAAGACCAGGAGCGCUUGAAUAACAAAGACCAGGGAGAAGAUCUUGCUGAACCUUCCCAUAAAAAAGCUAAUUUUAUUGAAGAAACUUCUGACAGGAAUGUGCCCAAGAUGCCACGAUAGCAUGGAAAUUAGAGGUUUCAUGCUUAUGCAGCUACAAAUUAUCUCCUAUUUGUAUAUCUUGUUGUUCACAUUUCAUUUGGAUUCUCUCAGAGACAGAUGAAUUCCCCAGGUAUGAAAAAUGCCAAUGGGAUGUUUACUGUUCACCACUCACUAUGUCCGUAUGGUGCCUUUCAGACAGGAUAAAUUAGGAACUUGAUUUUAAAGAACAUGGAGAAGAUUAUCCCUGUUAAUAAAUUUUUUUCAAAUAUCAGGUAUUUUCAAAGCAAUUUUGUCAUUGGUUUUAUUACUUGUUUUUAAGAAAUCUAUGGUGUGCUGGUAAGUGAUGUAUUAAUAUUAAUAUAUCAUCUAUAAGCAAUGGAUUCCUUAUGCAACUAUGUAGUUAGAAAAAUUAAUGUAGGAAAAUUAUGAGUUUUAUGCAUGCCUUGCAAGCUUUGUUUACGCCCAUCAGGUAUCAAGAAAAAGUUUUUGCAGAGAGAAGGACUUAACAAUUGUAACACUAAGCAUUAAAAUAACAUUCUUCUUUCAUAGUUUCAACUACAUUUUUCUCUUCAGAAACAUGACAAUAGAAUUAACCAUCCUUUCCUGGUCUUAGGUAUUACAAUUAUGUCUUUCCAGUGGGGAAUUGAAGCCAGUCUGGUAGCCAUGAAUUUGUUGAAUGAAGGCACUUUCAGAUGUUUUAUUCUUUUGAACUUGAACGUCCUCGUAAAUGUCUGCAAGUAUAUUACUUGCAAUAAUGGGAAUCCAAAUAUGGCCUUUUAUGUUCCUGAAAUGUGACCUUGUUUGUCUCAGUAUUUAGCUGUUGGUGAUGCUGGUGGUCUCAGUCAAAGAUACAAGUUCUGUUCUUCAUUUUCCAUCAUCACAACUUCCUAUUAAAGUAAACUAUAAGUACAUGCCAUAUGCCAAGAGAGGAUACAGACCCAGUCUGAUUCACAGCAAUCCAGCUGAUCUUGUCUAAUUUUAAUUAGAGUUCUGAAUCCCCAAAAGAAUGCCGAAAGAAUUCAGGGAUUUAAUUUACUAACGGUUUAUUUAAACAGUGGUUUAAUUUCCCUUAACAGCUGAGGGAUUGUGAGAUUAUCAGUUCUGUUCUGAAAACAAAAUGACAGGAAUAUAUCAUGCCAUGAUCUCUAAAGUACUUUGUAUAAAAAUGUACAAAAUAUAAUUCAUUUGGAUGUUGUUCAGAAAUACUCUUCCUAUAUAAAAUUUUGAAUCUUUUCCUCAAGUGAUAGUGCUGACACUAAACCAUUCUUUGAAAAAGGAAGAAUGGUAUCUCACCAGUUCAGAGCUGUGAAAUUAAAAAUUGUGUAUUCAGAGAUAAAAUGUCUGCUGUUCACAUCAGAGUAUUGUAUAGUAAAUAUAUGCAGUCUAAGAAGAAAGCUUUUCAUGUUCAUUUUGGACAUUGCAGUAAGUGCAGUUAAAUACACUUUACAUUUGAUAUAGCUUAAGUGCUACUCCAAAGCAGCAAAAGAAUUUGCAGUAUUAAUCAGAAAUUUCAGAAGUAGCAAUUUUUCUAUUGUGAGUUCUAUCUGAGUGUCUUGUUUUUGUCGGAACUGUUUGGGGCCAUCAAAAUAGAGAAAAAGUAGUUGUUAGGUCCUGUUAGCAGUGUGACUUGCAAGGUCUAAUCUAAUAGAAUCACAGAAUGUUUGGGUGUAGAAAGGACCUCUGAAGAUCAUCUGGUCCAAACCCCAUGCUCAAAGAAGAGUGAACUGGAGCAAGUUUCCCUGCACUGUGUCUAACUGGGUUUCACGCAUUUUCCAGGACUGAGAUUCCACAACCUCUCUUGGCAACCUGUUCUGGUGUUUGAGCACCCUUAUGAUAAACAAAAGUGGGGAUUCUUUUUCUUCUUCUGGAUAGAAUAUCCUUUAUUUCAGUUUGUGCCCACUGCCUCUUGUCCUGUCACUUAGAAGAAUCUGGCUUUGUCUCUUGUCAUCAUUGGCUGUCUAAAAUGCAAAUUGAAUCUUUGGAUAUUAUAGGUGAUGGUGUCUAAAUACAGUGUAGACUUGUAUGGCAGCAAUUACUAUGGAUUGGUGGAAGUUAAAAUGGACUGGGAGCUAACGCCCUCAUAACAGUACUUGUACUUUUUUUUUUUCUCCUCAUAUUUUGUCACAUGAUGCAAAUACUCAUCCUCCUGCCUCCUUAGUGAGGUACAGCCUACGUAGACUUUUUGUAUUGUUUCCUUCCAGCAAGUGACUUAAUGCAGUUCAGAGCACAGGAUUAUGGCGAGAGCCAGGUGUUCCAGUGGUGCUUGAGAAUGUGGAAAUCUUUGGUUUGUUUGAACAGCUGAGCAGAUUUCUGCAGCAUGCUGUCAAAAAUUCACAUGAAACUGUAGUUGAAGUUUGAUACCUAAACAAAGGUUGUAUGAGUACCCAGCAUGUAGGUGCUUUACCGGCAAACCGUGGUUUGGUUGAUGGAGAGAGCUGGAUAACACUGGCUACGUAGUUCACUAUGAGCUGAAACAAAUGCUGUGUUAACACAAGUCUGCAAAGUGUAUAUAUUGUAUUUAUAUUAAAUCAAAUGGGUGCUAAAAUCUGAGAGGAUGUUUCUGUUUUCUAAUAAGUGCAUGUUUUCAAAUCCUUCCUGAAAUUAUUACGUGGUUGCCAAUGUGUAGCUCACUGCACUGGUUGUACACAUUAAUGGAGUUGUCUGUGCUGUAGUUAUGGAUAGGACAAACAGAGCCUGUAAAAGUGAGAGUGAGGAGUCACUCUGUUGGGAUGAGCUUUCAGUGCUAAAUAUAAAAGGACUGUAAAUUCUGGCAAGUGGCUAGAAAGCAUAACAUGCUUGACACUCUUUAUGGAUCUCAAAAAGAACCAAAGAAAAGUUGCAAUUGUAUAUAUGUCUAUGUGCAUGUCAGAAUGUUGUGAUUUAACUACAUACUUUCAUUCCUCUUAAAUCUGUUACAACUAAUGUGUGAUGAUUUAUCCUACUUCGAUAAUUCAAUUCACCCUAACCAGAUAGAAUAAUUGUAUUUAUCAUGUAUGUUCCCUUUUCAGCACUGAUUUUAAAGUAAUUACUUCAGUGACCAGUGCUUUUCUUCUAGAAAUUGUUCUAUUCACAUUACUUUUAAAGAGCAAACCACACUGGUGACACUGUAUUAGUUUCUCCCGUGCUUCUGUUCUCUGCUGUACUUACCAUAAACAGAAGGUGGCAGGUUUUUUUUUUCUUCCCAAAAAUAUGCUGACUUCUGCAGUAUUUAGUGAUCCAGCCAUUGCACUUCUGCAUUCUUGCAUAGGGUGGCAAUUGAGACCACAGUUGGGUUGGAGGAUAUUUAGCCUCACUUUUCAGAAUUUUUUUCUCAGUUUUAAUGUGGUGUGAAUAUGGUACUUGGUCAAUACUGAUCAGAGCUGUGCUCUAUUUUAAGUAUUUGCUUAGUGAAAAUGUUUCACUAUUAGCCGUAUGGAACUCAGUGACGCAACUGGUUUCUUCUUUCCCAGCCCUACUGUCAGUGAACAAAAAAGCAGUUUUAUUUUUUACUUGAUAUUGAUGCUGCAGAAAGUAUUUGUAAUGAUACCUGCCAAAGUAUGGUCUGUGGUUGUUGACAGAACUGUAGGUUGUCCUCCUUUAGCCUACAUGUACUCUGAUUACUAGAAACCUGAAUGGGAACGCAGAGAUAUUUUUACUAGCCUUUAGCAUGGAUGCACUCACUGUGGGGCUACCUCCAGGGCCUUGCUGGUUGGAAUGCUUUUUGGAAUGUCCUGGGCUCUGAGCCUAACCCUGCCCUGGAAUGUGAGGUUAAAUGUUGGCGGUUCAAAUACAGAGUUUGAAUAUCAAAAUCCUAGAGUUCCCCAGUACUGCAGUUUCAGAAACUGGCAAGUGAACCACAUGUCAGCUCAGCUGCUCGCUGAUUCAAAGGAUGAGCAUGCCUUGGGCUGCUGGGGAAGGAGGGGGAGGUAGGACGUUGUUUGGUUUGGUUUGGUUUUUACUUGCCCGUUAUGACCCGCAGAAAACAUUCUUUUCGAACAUGUCAACUGGCAAGAUUGCAAGAGGUCCCAGACAGGUGUUAGCUAGAAAAACAUCUUAAUUCACAAAAGCAUUUUAUUCCUACUUCUUUAAUCAAACCUAGGAGCUCAGCAUAAUGGGAACUGUUGCUUUAUUAAACAGGAAUCUGCUUAUAUUUGGACUCUGAGUCAAGAUGUGAUGUCAGUGAGAUGGCCUGGAAGGCUUAAGUUCCAUCUGUACCACAGUGCAGGAGGCCAAUGUUUGAGGCUUUUAUUCAGAGUUGCUGAUGACAAAGCUGAUGAAAAACAUUAAAAGCUAAACAUGAAAAGUAAGUCUUUGGUGAGGAGGGAGUGCCUUGUGUAUUGUUAAACAACAGUUGCCUGGGUCAGUUAAGGAGAAGAAUUGCUGAGCUCCAGAGGGAGUCUAGUUCAGUCAUCCGUGCUCAAAGGAGCACUAACCUCAGUGGCUUUUAUGAGAGAGGCUUAAAAAUAUACAUCACUUGUGGUGUUCACUUAGCUCCCACUUGAAACUGGUGCAGGAGUUAAUGUGAAUCUGCUGUUAAAUAUCUAUUAGUUAAAUAAAUAAAUAAAUACUUCUCCCUUGCCCUGGCAUGAUGGAAGAGUCUCUGUUUUUCAUUUUUAGAAAAUUAUUGUCUGAGAGAGAUCCUCUUGUGAGACUUUACAGAGUAAAGAGAGAGUUUACAGAGUUUAGAGAGUAGUACAAUUCUGACACUUUACUAAUUUUAACUUAUUUUUCCUUAAUAAGCUCCAUACAUUUUUUAAUGCUUAUGUCAUUGUGGAAAAUGAAAUUAAUAUAAUCUAUGUAUAAGAGUGAACAUGGAUUUUUUAAUUAGUAUUCUAUUGCAUAGAGCUGACAGAACUGGAUUUGAAUACAGAUCUUCAACUUUUUAGCUAUUUUAAAACUAUAUAAACAUGCUACCUUUCCUAGUCCUGUUUUCCGUUGCUUUGCAAACUUAUCUAUGCAGUGUUAGGCUGCUGCAUGUGCCAUGCAUGCCCGUGUACUUGCCACUGUCUGUGCACAGGUGUCAGCAAGGAUUGUUAGCAGUUGGUCAGAGAGCUUUAUGUCAGACUUCUUAAACAGAAACUGAUAAAGUGGUUUCCCUCAUUGUGGUCUGAGAAAAGUGAGAGUUACAAAGAUAUUAAAAUAAAAGCUAGUACAUUUUUACCUUUUUUAAUUUCCAGUGUUGGAAAAGAUUAUCUUUUUGAGGUAAAAAAAAAAAAAUCAGGCUCUAAUCAUAUUUCGUUGGGAAGCUUCUUGGUGACUUACAUGGUUUGAUUCAGUGUAUGCUUAUUUACUUAGAAAAUUAGCUACUGCAUUUUUCUUUAAGUUUCUCUGGUAGCAAAAACUUUGUUGUUGUUGUAGUUUACUGUUUUAUUAGCUCUCUGAAUCAUUAUAAAAUUUAAGGUGAAUUUCCUGGCCAUCUGCAUAUCUGUUCUAGUUACAUACUCAUAUAGAAAUCUCAGGCAACAAAAAAUUUAAUAGCUGAAAUCAUUGUCAUUGUUUUCUUCUGUGCCGAAAUAGAGCCAAAUCCUGAACAUCAGGCAGAACAUAAGUAAACAUGUCUAAGAAGUGGUACCUAUAUGAACCACAAAACCCAUGAGAUCUGAAGAUCACUAUGAGACAGUUUCACGCAAGCAGAACUGUGCAUUUAUUUCCCCUGUAUGGCAUACAAAAGGGGUUUUUGUAAGGAUUUGGGGUUUUUUCAGAAGUUAAUUGAACAUUCGGUGUUCAGAUCCUUAGAUGGGAAUGAAUGGAAGAUUGAGUGUUCACAAGGGCAUCAGAAUGAUAUGAUUUCAGAGAGGUGGAAUAUUGAGACUGCAGGAUUAAGCCAGUAAAUCACUGUACAGUUAGUUACAGAUGCCUACCUAUCAUAUAAGUGGCAUGGUAAUUCUAGUUUACUGUGUCACCCUGUGACAUUCUCUUAUUACAACUAAUAGCAGCUUUCAUAUUUUCUUCUGCUUGAACAUGGAAAACAGUUGUAGUUCUUAAAAAGUUUAUAGCCUCUAGGCUACAGAAAUAUUGCAUUGUGAAUACUGAAUUAAUAGUGAUUUAAUAAAUUACCUUCUCUCCCAUUAAGUUUUAUCAGCAUGGCAAAUGUUGCAGUGUAGGCUGUAAAAUCAGUUUGCUCACUAGUAUGGGUGAUGUGCAAGACUAGGCAGCAUGAGUUGAGAAUGUGCAUGUCCUAUAAUGACAGCAAUGCUGGGUUAAGGGAUAAAUAGAGAGGAAAAAAAAAAGAAAACUAGUCACUAAUGUCUUCCUGUACAGUAGUACUGGCACAGCACUUUACAUGUAGAUUCAGCAUUUACCCAUUUUCAUGUUCAUAUUCAGUAUUGUAACUCUUGGGAGUCUGUAGGAGGAUUCUCAAUUCUUUGUUAGAGACAAAAUAUGUAACACAGCAUUUAUUUAAAAUGAUGCCUUAUGCCACAGAAGCAAACACAGCUCAAAGUAUGACAGGGGAUAGAGUUUCCAUUUAAUUUUAUAGAGAAACGCACUGAAGACAAACAGAUUUGAUCCACCUCCACUUUGUUAUUUUCUUCAUACUUCCUAAUUAAAAAAAAAAAAAAAGGUAAUUUAGAUGAAGAGGAGAUUUUUCAGAAAGGGUUGAUGUAUUGUCAUGAAAGGAAGAGCUAACCUCAUCCUGUUAGAAAACCUCACAUCUUCACCUGUCACUGCCUCGUUCCCAUUGUGUACUAUUUUCCUCUCAGCCCAGCCUGUGAAUUCACUGGAUCACCUGUUCGGAGAGAACAUUUCACCCACACAGUUCACUCUUCUCACUUCCCCUGUACUUUAGAACCCCACAUGCACACUGCCAUUGUACUGACAUGGAUCCUAAACUCACAGAAAACAACUAACUCUAUUUCUUCUUGCAUUGCUCUAGCAGUCUGCACUCACAAUAAUACCUAUGCAGAUAGUAAGGAUGUUUUAAAUAAAGUACAAUGAGCUGCUGGGUACAUUCCAGUUCUUAGCAUGAAACAUCCUGUUGACAACCUCAGCACAAACAUCAGUGGCAGAAAAAGAAGAGGGCAAUUAAAAUACUUUUUAGUCCUUUCAAGUACAGUAUCUCCAGAUCAAGACUUGGGGUCAGUGAUAAGGGCAUCUGUGGAGUUCGUACCGUUACUGUUUGUGAUGUAGCUGAUCUCGUAAAAUUUUCAUUCUUUGACGUUUCUAUGCAAAUUAUCACAGAAAUUAGUGUGAUGAGAAGAUCCCAACCAAUACAUGCAAUUAUCUGUUAUGCUUCCUUGUGAUUGAAGAAAUGGAACUGGGAAAUGUCUGGCAUAUUUCUAUCCAGUAUACUUCCCAUUUAUUGACUGCUUGGUAUUUUGCAGACAAGUUGAUAAGCUUUGCAUAACUAUUAAAUUUAUUCUGUUAAUUUGUAUAGAUUAUUUAAUGAACAAUCUACAGUAUUGAGCUCUGGCAACAACUUGAAAUACACCCCCAGUGCAUGGUGAACUGCUGUAGUUUAACAUAAAACUAGCAUCAAGAGGAUCUUCCUUGAUAAGUGAGGAAGUGGCAUGAUCUGUCAUUAGUUUCCUUCUAACGAGAAACAGGUAUCUUCAACCACAUCUUUAGACUCCCACGCCACUGUGGAGAUCAAGAUGUUAAGCUUGGUUUAUUUUAAAGGUCAUCCCAUGAGAUCUCACACACAAUUUCGAAGCUAUAAACAAAACAUAACUCCGCAAAAGGAAAAUGCAGAUUAUCAAAAGUGAGUGAAACUUAACACAGUGUCUAAAAAUAGAUUCUGGCAUUACAUUUCUGACUAACAUCAGCAGUUAUGCACAGGUUUGGGGGUUUUUGGUUGAUCCGGAUGAAAUUCAGGUCUGUGUGGAAUAUAAUUUUAUUAUCUGUAUUGUAGCAAAAUCCAAAAUAGGCGAAGUGUUGAGAUUGUAUGGAGCAUCUGCUAUGAAGAAUUUACCAUCUAAGAGAACAAAGCUGAACAGUAGAACAGGAUAUAACCAUACAAAGGGUGAAAGGCAGGGAGGAGCACAAAGCUGACUGACCCAUUUUUCACAAGAAUGGAGGAGAACUGGAGUACAUAUUUUUAUGCUUUUUGUGCUCUCUGUGAGAGAUAAGGAUGGAUGUGGUAAAGAAGGAGGAAGCUCAAAGUGGAUUCGUGUUAUAAUCAAGACAUGAGAGAAAGAAAAACUAUGCAAAGCAGCUUAAAGAAUGUGUUGUGGAUGAACUGGUGAGACGAAAGUUAAAAUAGUCGGGGAUCUGGAAUUGGUGUUACAUAAAGGGAUAUAAAUGUCAGAGUAAAUGAUUUACUAUCUCCAUGAGUGCUUUUAUUGGUGAUUUAGAUAUGGUUCUGAGAUCCUGGAUGAUGUCCUGAAUUCAGAUCUGCCCACUACAAAUAUGGGAAGUAGCAAUAUACUUUCUUAGAUGUGAUUGUUGACAGGAGAUUGUUUAAAAUGAAGAUCAGCAUUGUUUCAAGUUUUCACUAGUUGACUAUGAAGCUUUAGACUGAAUUACUUAUAAAGGAUGAAAUGCUGAAUGAAUUAGAUGGAUUAAAGUAACAUACUUCGGAUCUAAGUCUCACAAACCUAAAAGCUAUUUAGUCAAGGAAUUUUGUCUCAAGCUCUUUUCUGUUUGAAAUUUUUAAUUUGUGUGCCUAAGAAGGAGCUGAUAUCCAGUACUUCAUGGUGACUUCCUGAAAUUUUUCAUCAAAUGUAUUAUAUUUAAUUGAGAUGGGAUGUGAACUGAAGAAUGCUGAAAAGGGGUAUUGAAUGACCAUCAGUUAAGGAAGUUGCUGCCUGUCCUUGAGUCUCAUCGGUGUAUUGGAAUGACACUGUGUUCAAACUAUGUUGUCAAUAUAUUCUUGGCACUAAUUAUUCUUGAAACAAAUAACACACAUUUCUCAGAGACAUGCAAAGCUACUGAAUAAACUACUGUAGCAUUGAA